AAGAAAGGGGAGAGUUCCGUGUACCUUCAGCGCAUGCGCGCACUGUGCAGGAUCUGCUGCAGCUCAGCUCUGAUCAGUUCCAGUACCUUGGGACAUGGAGUCAGACCAAGGUGAAGAUGAUCUUGGCGGUAAGGGCUGGGAUCCAGGAAGACUCUCUAGCACACAAAGUGGGUCACUUGGAAACUUGGAAGAUGAGCUGAACAGAAGUCAACCCCGUUUAGGGCUCUUAGAUGGGGACAAAGAAUUGGAUGCCAAGCAAGAAUUGAUUGAUGACAAAGAGUUUGACAUCCCCCAGGUGGACACCCCACCGACUCUGGAGAGCAUCUUAAAUGAGACCGAUGAUGAAGAUGAAACGUUUAUACCAGAGGACCCGGUUCUUCUGAAUGUUGAAACGAUAGACACACACUCCUGCGAUACCUCAUCUUUGGCCAGUUCAGACAGUGGUGACAGGGCCCAUAAGAGAAAGAAGAGACUCCCUGAUGCCUUUUCUCUGCAUGGAUCUGUUAUGCGUCACUCUUUGCUUAAAGGAGUUUCUUCACAGAUUGUUUCCGCAGCGGAUAAAGUGGAUGCCGGGUUACCGACAGCAAUAGCGGUAUCUAACCUGAUCGCAGUAGGAACAUCUCAUGGCCUGGCCUUAAUAUUUGACACCAACCAGGCACUUCGUCUCUGCCUGGGCAGCACAGCUCUUGGUGCACAAUAUGGAGCGGUUUCUGCCCUAAGUAUUAACAAUGAUUGCUCUAGACUUCUCUGUGGCUUUGCUAAAGGACAGAUUACAAUGUGGGAUCUGGCUGGAGGAAAGUUGUUAAGAUCCAUAACAGACGCUCAUCCUCCCGGAACUGCCAUAUUGCACAUCAAGUUCACCGAUGACCCGACUCUUGCUAUCUGCAAUGACAGUGGAGGCUCUGUGUUUGAGUUAACAUUCAAAAGAGUAAUGGGGGUAAGAACCUGCGAAUCUAGGUGUCUGUUCAGUGGAUCCAAGGGAGAGGUUUGCUGUAUUGAGCCGUUGCAUACGAAAGCUGAGAUGAGAGAUCACCCAAUAACCCAGUAUUCACUGCUUGCCAUGGCUUCGCUAACCAAGAUUCUGGUGAUCGGAUUGAAGCCGUCUCUGAAAGUCUGGAUGACCUUUCCCUAUGGACGAAUGGACCCCUCCAGCGUUCCACUUCUAGCCUGGUAUUUUGUGAUACUGCAGGGUGCACUGAACCCCAUGUUAGCAUUCUGCAGGGGAGAUGUGGUCCAUUUCCUUUUGGUAAAACGUGAUGAAUCUGGAGCUAUUCACAUAAAUAAGCAGAAGCAGCUGCACUUACAUUAUGACCUGAUCAACUUCACGUGGAUUAACGCUCGGACUGUGGCACUGCUGGACAGCGCCGAGAAGUUGCAUGUGAUUGAUCGGCAGACACAGGAGGAAUUGGAGACCCUAGAGAUAUCAGAUGUACAGCUUGUGUAUAACAGCAGCCACUUCAAGUCCCUGGCGACUGGGGGCAAUGUGAGCCAAGCCUUGGCCCUGGUAGGAGAGAAAGCUUGUUAUCAAUCAAUCAGCAGCUAUGGUGGUCAGAUCUUCUACCUCGGAACUAAGUCCGUCCAUACCAUGAUGCUGAGGAACUGGCGAGAGAGAGUGGAUCAUCUUCUGAAACAAGACUGUUACAAUGAAGCGUUGGCAUUAGCCUGGUCCUUCCAUGAAGGCAAGGCCAAAGCUGUAGUGGGUCUUUCUGGGGACCCCAAAAAAAGGAAGAGUGUGGUGGCUGAUAAGAUCAUUGAAAUCUUGCUCCAGUACACAGACAAAGCACUGAGAAAAUGUCCCGAGCAGGGUAAAAUACAGGUGAUGGAACAGCAUUUUCAGGACACAGUUCCAGUUAUGGUUGACUAUUGCCUUCUACUGCAACGCACGGAUAUUCUCUUUAGCCAAAUGUAUGACAAGCUUAGUGAGAACUGUGUGGCCAAGGGUGUGUUCUUGGAGUGUUUAGAGCCGUACCUGCUGCGCGAUCAGCUACCAGGACUCACCGCACACGUAAUGAAGGACUUACUGCUCCAUUUCCAAGAUCGAAGCAUGAUGGAAAAUAUGGAGGCCUGCAUAGUUCACAUGGACAUCACAAGCCUUGAUAUACAGCAGAUUGUCCAGAUGUGCUGGGAGCACAGACUCUAUGAUGCUAUGAUUUAUGUCUACAACAGUGGGACUAAUGAUUUCAUCAGCCCAAUGGAGAAACUCUUCAAGGCCAUAUCAGCUCCUAUAAGCUCUGGGAAGUCUUUAACUGAUGAGCAAGUUGUGAUGGGGAACAAGUUGCUCGUUUAUAUCAGCUCCAGUUUGGCAGGAAGAGCAUACCCGUUGGGUGACAUUCCAGAAGACUUGGUCCCAUUGGUGAAAAACCAAGUUUUUGACUUUCUGGUCCGUUUGCACACCCCAGAGGCACCCCAUGAUGAGGAGGUAUAUCCCUACAUCCGUACCCUGUUGCACUUUGACACUCGAGAGUUCCUGAAUGUCUUGGCUUUGACAUUCGAAGACUUCACUAACGAUAAGCAAGCUGUAGAACAUCAGCAGCGGAUUGUGGACAUUUUACUGAAGGUCAUGGUAGAAAACUCUGACUUCACUCCUUCCCAAGUUGGCUGUCUAUUUACAUUUCUGGCCCGGCAACUUGCUAAACCGGACAAUACGCUGUUUGUGAACAGAGUCCUUUUUGAUCAGGUUCUAGAAUUUCUAUGCAGUCCAGAUGAUGAUUCACGGCAUUCGGAAAGACAGCAGGUUCUCCUUGAGCUCCUUCAAGCCGGCGGUAUAGUUCAGUUUGAAGAAAACCGGCUGAUCCACCUAGCAGAGAGAGCUCAGUUCUACCAGAUCUGUGAGUUUAUGUAUGAGAGGAAGCACGAGUACGAUAAAAUCAUAGAUUGCUAUAUGCAAGACCCUAUGAGAAAGCAAGAAGUGUUCAACUACAUACAUAAUAUUUUAUCCAUUCCUGGGUACAGUCCUGAGGAGAAGCACUUAACAUGGGGCAAAGCAAUGAGACACAUGGAGGAGCUUAUAACACUAAGUCCCAGCAAAGGAGCCGAUCUUGUCUGCACCCACUUCAGCGAGCAGCUGUGUGAGAUCAUUGCAAAGCUACAGGACCAAUUAUUGCUUUACCGGUUUCUUAGAAGUCUCCUAGACCCUAGCAGGGAUGGAGCUCAGGUACCCCCUGAACUGUUACAGUCUCAGCCCCACAUAACCGAACUUUUCAUUGACUUGAUGUGUCAGUAUGAUCCUGCCGAGGUUACCCCACUGCUGCAGAUUCUGGAACACUACAGAUUAGAAGAGACUAUUCAGAUUGCACAAAAACAUAAUCAUUAUGAAACCUUAGCGUAUCUCUUGGAGAAAAAAGGAGACAUUGAAGGAGCUUUUAAAGUCAUGCUCACGAGAUUACAGGACAGGCUGUCAGCCUUGAUCAGAGACUCUGUGGAUUCAGUAGACCAUGAACAAGCAACCUCCAUUAAAGAUGUGGAGGAAACCUUAGCAGAAACCAUCUCUCUUUGCGAAAGAACAUCUCAUACCCUGGACCAGCAGCAGAGGGAGGCCCUUUGGUUUCCUUUGCUUGAAGUGAUGAUGUCUCCUCAGAAGCUUCUGUGUUCCUCUAACUCACAGUUAUAUUCUGCAUCUUUAAAAAGUCUGACAAUGGAUGUUCUCAAUAGCAUGGCACCAUACAUUGCCCUCCCGUCCAUUCUUCAGAGAAUUCUGCAGGAUCCUGUGUAUGGAAGAGGAAAGUUGGGAGAAAUACAAGGUUUGGUUUUGGGAAUGCUGGACACCUUUAACUAUGAACGGACAUUACUGGAAACCACAACCAACCUUCUGAACCAGGACCUCCAUUGGUCUCUAUGUAACCUGAAGGCUUCGAUCACCCGGGCGCUGGUUCCCAAGCAAGACUUCUGUUGCAUUUGCCUACAGCAGUACAAGAGAAGGCAGGAAGCCUCAGAUGAAAUAAUUGUCUUUAGCUGCGGACACUUGUACCACUCGCUGUGCCUAGCUGGGAAGGACUGCAAGGUCGAUGCAGGUGGACAAAGCCAAUGGAUCUGCUACCGGUGCAAUUCUAGUAGCAAAGGCCGAUCUGGGCAUCAGUCUGGAACAGAUGUAAAGAGGAGCAGAACUUCCUCUUUAGUGCAGGUAAGAGGUGCUUCAAUCCAUUCAUCCAGAGAGGAAACUGGCAAGAAGGCAAUCUCGGAGUCCGUCCUUGAUCCACAGCAACUGCAGGCUUUCGACCAAUUUUGCCGUCUCUACAAAGGAACCUCAAGGUUGGCUUUAUUGAGUGAGCUUUGUCGCUCUCAAAGCCCCGAAAAAUCUAGGGGCUACAAUCCAUCUCACGGAGGCCCCACCUCAAGCAGCGUUUUCCAGAAUGAGAAUUUCCAGCUGCACCUCGCUCCCCCUCCCAUCGUUGAUGACUGAAGCGUGGUUAAAAUCCUUUUCUCAGUUGUGUUCCUGUCAUGGGUUAAAUUUUGCCCAUUUCAAUGUAACAGGUGUAUUUGUACGGAAUCAAACAUCCUACUAAAUUGUUUAGCUUGGAAACGUGAUCGGAUACAAUACAGGCUCAGAAAUACAUGAUGUAAAUGCAGAUUUUUUUUUACAUACUUGUGCAUUAGGAAAUGACAUGCAAAGGACAUUUGGUGAGAGAUUCAUGGUGUAUAUAAAAUAAGUGUUUUGAGAGGGGAGAGGAGGUUGGAGCCCAGAGAUUUUCCAAAAAUAUGUUGAUGAUCUUCAAAUCGUUUAAAUGUCUAUAGGCAGAAAAAAGUAACUUACUGCAAAAUGUUUAACAUGUUUCACUGAUGGCUAUACAUGCCAAUGAUUGGGAGGUGAGCUUUCAAGAUGAUCAGCCAGGCUCAAAAUGUGCAAAGCAUGAUGGGAAAUUCCCCUUGCAAGCAUCUGCCCUGCAAUGGUUUGCCACCUACACCGUCCGUCUAGUUGAAUUGAACUAAUACUAUAAUAACUUAAUCCAAAAUUAAUAAAGUAUACCAAAUGCAGCUUUAUUUACAUUAAAGGUCUAAUGAAAGGACAAACAGGACCCGUUUUUUUUUUUUUUUUGUUACUUAUUGUGGUUAUUUUGGGAGGGGAUCUAGAAUAUACUACAAAACUUUUGUUGCGGUGAAAUGAAUGAGCAGCUACCAU